AAAAUGAAAGUUAUUUAAAACUGCUUUCGUAUUUUUUUCAGAAUAUUUUCAGGGUUGUGGGAACCGGCAGCGGAGCCAAAAGUCCCUAGCUAUCGAUUGACUUUUCCCGUGUGUUGUCAAAAUAACAAUUUUGUAAUAACACAUAGCCCAAUUUUUCAGGACCGCUAAACCGAUGCAAUUUACAUCCGGAUCACAAAACGGCCGAUAACUCGUGUAGAAAAAAAAUACGUCCGUAUGAUUUCUAACACACUGAUCCAGUCAAACUGAACAAAUUCGCUACUAAUUUCAGUAAAAGUCUCUCCUGUAGCAGCACUAAAUCGAUCAAUUUGUUCAUUGAAUGCUCUACAUUGUUGGCAUAUUUACAAAUAUCCUAAAUAAUGCAACAGUUUGUGCUUAGAAGUGUGUACAAUGGAUAGCGAAACACAAGCUUCUGCAUUACAACCUCAUGUAGAUGCCGUAAAUUCCAUCUCUGUAAAUAACCCAGUACCCCUACCCCCAGAAGAAGAACCUCAGGGAAAAAAUGGUUUGGUCCAAAAACCCACAUUUAAAAGUAUAUGGCAAGCUAAGAAGCGCCUGCUGGCUUUUUCCUCCCAGAAGGUUUUACUUAACUCACCUAAGAAACCGCAAGAAGAAAGUGAAAAAUCUGAAAAAGUAACAAAGAAGAAUAAGAAAGAACCGUAUCCUGAUGAAAAGUUAAAGUGUACAAUCAAAGAAAUUGAAGAGAUCAAAUUAGCAACAAAUCCAGCCUUAAAGCAAGAACUUUUAGACCAAAUCAACUUAAUCAACCUGGAUUCUGUCCCUCAAAAUGUUUUUGUGAUGCCUAAACUAACAUCAACAGAUGGGGACAACCAAUUCAGGAAGAUUGAACUCAAAAGUAGAAACUAUAGGAGAACGGACGACAGAGAAUCGCCGUCCGUUGACCGAAAGUCGCGGAGCCAUAAGAAAGAUACUUAUCCACAAAACUGGACAGAAUUCAAGGAAAAAGACUUAUCAGACAAAAUGCUUGCACAAUUAAAACCUAAACCGAGUAGUGAUUUCUCAAAAUUCUUCACGUUAGAAACACCGCCGCCACUGAUAGAUACUUGGAGAAGUAGGUCGGAAAAGGGUACCACCAACAUACCCUUCAAAUAUAUAAGGCGAACUAAGGCUAAACCUCAUGUGUACUACAGUGUUAAUUUUGACACAGUUAAGGAGAGUUGCAUGAGUAGAAAACAACUUUACAACAUAGUUUCCAGUUCCAGGAGGCAGUUGAUUGAGAAGUUGUUCAGUGAAAAGUCCAAAAUUCAACCGUCAGCAUCGAAGGUCGAGGCCAGAAAAUGGUAUCCGAAGUCGUGGAGAAAAGCUGACAACGUGGAGGGAAAACUGUUGGAAAACUCGGUUGGUCUAUCUUUUCUUCAGAGUUAUUCUGAUGAGGAAGAAAUCAUCGAGACGGCUACCGACGAAUUACUCAAAGAAGCGGCAAACCAUCAAGAAAAUCUAAUUCCGACAGAAGAUAUUCCGCUUCCUGGCGAUCCAAUUAUUUCUUCAGAACGAUCCAAAGUUCCCGUCGAAGAACCUGAGUCAAUUGUUGGUAUUGAACUGAUUACAUCUGUACAAGAGCCGAAGGUUUCCGAGGAGAAAACUGAAAUUUAUGAAGAACCAAAACCUUUUGUGGAGGAAUCAAAAGUUGUAAAUGAUCCAGAAGAUCCCGUAGGAGAGUCCGCGACGAAAACACCAACCAUAAAACAUUUGAAUUCGAUAAAACUGCCACCAGAAAAAUUCGCAAAUCUGAGAGAUGAUUGGGAAGUUGUGACACCACCGAAGUCCGAGAUGAAACCAUUGUCGGAUGACGAGUUGGACAGAUCCCAAACUCCGGACGUCCGGAAAACCAAAGAAUCACCCAGCCGAGAGGAAAAGACUGACAAUGGGAAACAGGCUGUUAAGAAAAAGAAGAAACAGGACAAAUCUGAGGAGGUAGAAAAGCGAGAGAAAAAGAAGGAUAAAAUAAAGGUCAAACGCAAACACGGUGAGGACAAGAAAAAGAAGAGAAAACACAGAAUAAAAGACAAGUUCAAGAAGGAUAAGAAAAAGAAAAAGACGGAGAAGAAAAAGAAAGGUGUGAAAGGUGAUGAUUUCGAGGACGCAAACAUUGACAGACAAAAGAUAAUUGAGGAUCUGAUGGAAAAGAUCGACCACGUGGAAAAAAUUAAAUCAAAAAAAGAGAAACAAAAGGAGCACGAGCUCAAAGACGACAAGGAUAAGAAAAAAGAAGUUGAAAACAAUAAACCCAAGUCAGACGACGAUUUGAGCGAGAUGAUCGAUAAAAACUGCACUGAACAGCAAAACAAAAAUCCCACCCCCGAGCCUGUAGAAGAAAGCCGUACGCCGGAAAGGAAAAUUAUAGUGAGAAAAACCGGUACGCCGGACACAGACGGCUACAACUCGCACUGGGAGAGCGACGAGGGCGCCACAUCCGUCGCUCCGCCAGUAAAGGAAGCGAGCCGGUCGUGGGAGAGCGACGAGGAGGUUUUCGAACGUUAUUACCCUUCAGAAGACAGACCAACCGUUCCUCCUGCCCCAUUACCUUAUGUGCAGAGUCUUGAGAUACCACUCAACAUCAAACCAUUCUCCCGUCGCAGGACGGGACAGAAAUUGGAUCAAACGCCGCCGCAGCCUGUUCCCAUUACGCUGGACGAUGAGCUCAAGAUUUUGGAACAACAGAAUCGCGAUCUAAGCGAAGAGAGAAAGAAAUUGGAACUGGAGAAGAUGAAGGUACAGCAACUCGAAUUACAGUACAAGUGUUUGGAACAGCAGUCGGAGAGCGACAAGCGGAAGUACGAGGAGAUCUACAGGCAUUAUAAGCAGAGUCGCCAGUUAAAGAAGAACAAUUAUGAGGUGCUCGAUGUGGACUUAAGCAAAGUGAAAAAGGAGAAAGACGAAGACGGUUUCGAUAUAAGCAGUUCGACAGAUUUCGAUAUCGAGACGGGAAUGGCCGACUCCUUAGAGAACGCAUACGAGGAGUUCAUGAAGGCGGUUACGCCCGCUGACAAGAAAUCAACGCGUAAAAAGUCCAGCGAUUCGGACAUAACUCCAUCACACAUACCGAAUUUAAUGAAAGGUGAACAGACGACUCCAGCACAGCCAAAGAUUGUGCCAAACAUACGUAUCGACGACUUGCUGCCUAAAGAACUGCCAUCGGUUUUCGACCAUCUCGACAUUCCCCUGCCUCAACCCGUUCCAGUGCCCAGCCCCAAAUUAGAUCAACUGCCUAAGCCACUUCUCAAUAUACCUUUACCUCUGAUCGUUUCACCACGAUUAGAAACGAUCAAUAAUGUUAUAAAAGGUGUUGAACUCGUUAAGACUGUUCCGACGACGAUCCAACGUCCCGAAUCGCCCGAAGAUGUAGAAAUGGCAGAUGCAGUGAAAAAGCCAUUUAAUUUCACGAUUCAGGGCAAGAAGCUAUUGGCUACAUCCGGAUUAGGUUUGGACGAGGAUUCCGAUGAGGGGAGACGCCUUACGCCACCCACGGUGCCCCGCAGAGCAGAAAGCCCGCAGAAAGAGGAACCGGACAGGAUGGAGGUGGAAGAAAAAUCAGAGAAUAAGAAAAAAAUUGAAAAAGAUUCUCAUGAUGUUAAAAAUCAGGAAAAGAUAGAGCACAUCAAAGAUAAACCGGAAAAGCCGGACAAACACUCGUAUGACAAAAAGAUCGAUAAUAAGAUGGAAAAAGGCAGUUUGAAAAAGAAAGAGGAGCGUAUAAGGAGCAGAUCACCGCGCAGAAGAGACGAUCGCCGUUACAGUCGUUCACCGGCUCCUUCACGCAGAGGAAGAGAAUCUCCCAGGCGCAUUGCAUUAAGAAGGUCGAGAUCCCCAUACGGAAGGAGGGUAUCUCCGGCGAGAAGACGAUGGACUCCGUCACCCAGAAGAAGGCGCCGUACGCCGACGCCACCCAGACGAAAAUCGUCUCCACGACGUAGGACUCCCAGCCCUAGGAAUCGUGAUUACAGACCCAGUUCGCCAAAAAGGCGUAGAAGUUCCCCAAAACCGCCGCCGAAAGAUAAACACGAUCACGUACGGCACAAAAGUCCGAUCGUGCAGAGCUCGCCGAUGGGCGGCCUGAAGAAGAGCGUCGCCGACUCGACAAUCAGCGACGAUCUUCUGCCGCAACCGGCAAUCAACCAUGACAACGAUUAUACCGAAUCACCUGUUUCGAUGUUCUUUGAUCGCAACAACAUAUCGCGUAACGUUGAUUCACCGCAACGGCCGCCACUCGACAUUCGAAUCCAUCAAAUGGUCGGACUGUCACCCCAAAAAACACAGCCACAGCCACAGCCUCAGUCCCAACCACCACCACCUCCAAUAAACUAUCAUCCUUACAAUCAACAUCCUUAUCAACAGUUUGAUUACAGUCUCCCUCCUCCGGUUAGGGUCGCACCUCCUGUUAAACCGAGACCUGCUAACAAAGUGGUCCAAGUAGGCAAUAUGAUCCAAAUUGUGCCUACCGAAGACAUACCAAUGUCAUCUGUCCAACCUUCCGUCUCCAACCAGCAAAUUCUGCAGGUGGGCAACAUGUUGCAGAUUGUACCACAGACAGUGGUACCUCCAAACGCUGUGCCACCUACCAUGGAUGUGCCGGUUGUCACGGAAGUGGGGGCGGACAAAUCUUCCGUUGAUGAAGUAAUGAAGCAAAGGCGAGCUGAAAGGGAGAUGCGACGGGCAGAGCGGGAUAGAAGGCGUAAAGAAAAAGAGAAACGAAGGAAGGAGAAAGAAAAAAAGAAGCAACUCAAGCUCAAGUUGAGGACUGAGAAUCUUAUUAAGAAAGCUUUACAGCAAGAACAAGAGGAACUGGAGGAAGAAGAGUUGGUGGAAGAACCGCAGCAAUGGCCGCCGCCGACUAUGGUUUUCCCUCAAAAAAUCACCACGCCUGGUAAGAGCAUACUGUUACAAGAAGGUGAAGCCGGCCGUCGCACGACACCACGCAAGAGCGUCCACUUCGCGGAUGGCGUGCGACCUGGUGAAGGCACAUCCCCGUCCGCCGGCGAGGAACUGUCCUCGCCGCCACUCGCCGCAACGAAACUUCCCAAGGAAAAGCGCUUUAAGAAGGUGAAGCAGACCAAAAAAUCUAAAAAGAAGACGAAAAUAAAGGUUAAAGUUACGAAACGUCACGAUCAAGUGGAUGAGGAUCUGCCACCGCCUCCGCCACCACCGGGUUCACCUCCGCCACAUAUUUUUCCACCAAGGGUGAAAACUCACUCCAUAAACAACAUUCAUCCUCAGUAUAUGCCUAAAAUUAUGCCCCUGCCUCAGAGUGUUUAUUUAAGUUACAUGCAUGCAAGCUUUUGGGCUACUCAGUCGCCAGCGAAUUUCCUUCAACAAGGACUGCCAAUACCAGUGCAGGGAACUCCACCACCGCCCAACCAGUUUCAUCAUCACCACCCGUUGCAGAUACCGCCGGGAAUGUAUCACAGACCACCGGCACAUCAACAGGUGAUGGCGUUGAGACCGAUGGGCGCGAGGUCCGCGAUGCACGCCGGCUCAUCGUACCAGCAUCCGGCUCAGCUGCCACCGAUGUACGGCGCUGCAACGCGGCCCCCACCAGGUGGGAUCCCCUGGACGUAGAACAAAUAAAUAAUGAAUAUAGUCUAAUUAUGUUAACGUUUAUUCAGUACAACAUGUCUUUUUUGUAUUCCGUUCACAUGUGUUGUGAAUAUAUCGAGUUUUAUUGUAAAUCUUUGUUUACAUUACGAGCGAUUGUCGGAAACAAAAGUAUUUUUACA